AAAAUGCUGGCUUGCAUCAUUUUCCUGAGCUCCUUUUUCGCUGGUGCCAGUCUUCAAGAGACUGAACUCUCAAAGGUGUUAUCCAGCGGAGCUUGUGAGUCGUUGUGUUCCUGUGAGGAGAAGGAUGGAGUCCUACAUAUAAACUGUGAGGAGAGGAACAUCAGCAAAAUAUCCCAGGUCAAAGUACCUCCAGACAUACCUUUCCACCUCAAUCUGUACAAAAAUGAUUUGGUGGAAUUGCUUGCUGAGGAUAUGGAAGCCUUCACAAAUGCUGUCACCUUACAUUUGGGUGGGAACAGCAUACAGGAUCUUGAACCUGGGGUGUUUAGUGCCCUCGGAUCUCUGAAGAAGCUUCACAUCAACAGUAAUUUCCUAGUGAUGUUGAAGGAGGACACGUUUCAUGGCUUGGUGAAUUUGGAGUAUCUUCAAGCCGACACAAACUUCAUCCGAGUGGUGGAGCCUGGAGCCUUCAACAAGCUCAUCCGUCUUAAAGUCCUGAUCCUCAACGACAACUCUAUCGAGUUCCUUCCUAGUAACAUUUUCCGCUUCGUGCCUCUAACCCACUUGGACCUGCGUGGGAACAAGCUUCAGACACUGCCCUAUGUGGGGUUCUUGGAACAUAUUGGUCGCAUCAUGGAGCUCCUCUUGGAGGACAAUGACUGGGUGUGCGAUUGCGAGAUUCUCCACCUGAAAAUCUGGAUGGAGAACAUGCGAGCCCAGUCAUCCAUCAGCGAGGUGGUCUGUAGCAGCCCCCACCAACUCAAGGGCAGCAUAUUGGCCAAAGUAAAACGGGACAUUCUGUGCCCGUCCCCUGACUUCAACCUGGAGGAGCCCUCAAAGCCUUUUGAUAUGGUUGUCACUCCAUCUUCUAAGGUGGCCCAAAUACCGGAGGCCAAAGAUGAUGCAAAGAUCCCGACACCAGCUCAUGUUCCUGGCACAUCAUGUGUUUCACAGUGUUCCUGUCAUAACCAUCCGAGUGCUGGUUUUUUAAUCCACUGUGAAGAUAGAGGGAUCCAAAGAAUCUCUGACCUAGGAAUUCUAGAACAGAGUCCCACUAAGCUUGUGCUAACAGGAAAUAUGAUACAAAGGCUCUUGAAGUAUGACUUUGUAACAUACGACAGUUUAGAGUUGCUCAAUUUGGCCAACAACCAAAUCAGUUACAUAGAUAAUGAAACAUUCCUUAGUUUGAGCAAUUUAAAAAAAUUGUAUCUGAAUGGCAACAGGAUAGAGCAAGUCUCUUCAUCCAUGUUUGUAGGCCUCCACAAUCUUGAAUAUUUGUAUUUGGAAUACAACAUGAUUAAAGACAUUGUCCCUGGCACAUUUAAUCCUCUGCCAAACCUGAGGCUUUUGUUUUUAAACAACAACCAGCUUAGCACUCUCCCUGCUCAGAUAUUUCGGAAUGUUCCACUGAUUAAAUUGAACUUGAGGAAAAACCUCUUUUCACACCUUCCAGUCAGCAAUGUCCUGGACCAGCUUGACUCUCUUCAGCAGAUAUAUUUGGAGGACAACCCUUGGGACUGCAGCUGUGAUUUGGUCAGUCUUAAACAGUGGGUGGAGAAACUUCAGAAGGACACUGUGGUGGGCACCAUCUUGUGUCACACACCCAAGAAGGUGAACAAGGAAGAUCUACGGAACCUCAAACAUGAGAGGCUGUGUCCUGGCCUUGUCACCUAUCAGUCAUUGCCCACAGGUGGGGAUGGGGCCCCCACUACAGUCGUUCCAGAAAGUGGAGAAGGUGGCUUCUUCAGUUCUCUCACGGAUGCCGUGCCACUCUCUGUGUUAAUCCUCAGCUUGCUUAUCCUCUUGCUGACCAUCAUCUUCUGCUCAGCAGGAGUUGUGGUGUUUAUCCUGCAUAGGCGACGGAGGCGAGCGAAGAAGAAGCAGGUGGAGGAGCAGCCCAGAGAGAGUAGCCCCAUCCACCUCCACUAUAGUAUGUAUGGACAGAAGACCACCCAUCACGUGGCAGAGAGGCAUAGUGCUGGCAUGUAUGACGAGCCCACCCACAGCCCCCUCAUCCAGGUCUGUCGAAACCCAAGCUACUGUGCCCAGCACAAAGAAUAUGAGGUGAAUGAGUAUGAUGCCGACAAACCAAAACACGCCCGUCCCAGCAUAUUGGACAAGGAAAACGAUUCACCUCUUACAGGGCCCAACAUAAAGUACAGGACUGUCACAGACUACCCAGCAGAGUUCAUGACCCUGGGGGAUCCGAAUUCACUCUACAAAAACAUCCUUGAUCGGGAAAGAGAACUUCAACAGCUCAGCAUCACUGAGUACCUCAGGAAGAACAUUUCUCAGCUGCAGCCAGCAGUGGAUAUGCAAGUCCCCGGCCACCACAAGGAAGAACUGAAAUUGAUGGAAACACUGAUGUACACCAGGCCAAGGAAGAUCAUGGUGGAGCAAACUAAAAAUGAGUACUUUGAGCUCAAAGCCAACCUACACACAGAGCCUGACUACUUAGAGGUACUAGAGCAUCAGACAGCUUUUAACUGA